AGACCACCACGCCGCGAGCGGCCCGGCAUGCGAGGAAUUCCAAAUGAGGGUAUUCCAUCCAGUCGAUCGAUCACUGCCGGUGCCCGCAGAGAAUUCCCAAACUUUCACCUUGACGGUGUCUGAGUCACGGAAACCGAUUCUGUAAAAGGUUUAUGUCAACUACCGGGGACUCAGACAUUCAGUUGACAUUUACCCUGAAACUGGCCAGUAACUGACAAACACAGAACUUUUGUUGAUAGACUUGUCAUCGGCCCAAAGUCUGAGGUUGAUGUGGUUUUUGAGCCGUGGCUGGGCGUUGUCUGAAAGCCAAAUUCAAGACCAAUUCUGCUACCGUUGGACCACUUCAGUGAGCAACAAUGCCUACCACUUCCUAUCGCACCAAGACAAUCCAUAGCAUAUUGGACCCAGUUGCCCAACAAGUUGGUCAGCUGGUGAUCCUCCACGAACAAGCUGAAGAUGGGAACGCUAUGACUGAUCUGACCUCGCCCAUCAAGAUUGUAGAUCAGGCUGUCAGCAAUUUGGUUGUCGUUGGCAAGCAAACAGCAAGCACCAGCAAAGAUGAGAUUCUGCGUCGGGAAAUGCCCCCGACGUUCAUCAAGGUGGAGAAGUCGUCGGGUCUGCUGGUGGAGGCCAGCGACAUGCUCAAACAGGACCCGUACUCCGUACCGGCCAGGAAGAAGCUGAUUGAUGGGGCCAGAGGUAUCUUGCAAGGCACCUCUGAGCUCUUGUUUGUCUUUGAUGAGAGCGAGGUGCGUAAGAUUGUCAAGAUCUGUGAGGGCGUCUUGCAGUUAUUGGCAGUGUCAGAGGUCGUGGACACCAUGGCAGAUAUUCUCACCUUUGUUCAGAGCUUGACCCCUGUGGUGACCAACAUGAACAGUCAGGUGGCAGCCCGUCGGGAGGAGCUAAUCAACGCUUCGCAUGCCGCGCAGCUCGCCCAGCACCUGGAGCAGUUUCAGAGACUUAUCCCGCUGUUGGUCUCUAGUAUGAAAAUCUACGUCGCCAUCCUUGACCAAGGGAAGCCGGGUAAACAGGAAGCUUGGGAGAAUCGGACCUACGUGGCCAGUAAGAUGAUCUACCACAUCCAAGAAAUCAUCAGGGUGCUUCAGGCAGUGGAUGACGACAGUUUCCGAGUGGAUAAUGUGACCGGGCUGCGCGCGGCUCAGAAUCACAUUAAGAACAACAUGGACAAGGCAAGAGGGUGGCUGGCUGAUCCCAAUGCACUGGCUGGGGGCAUGGGUGAGAAGGCGGUACGACGCAUCCUGGAAGAUGCUAAGAAGGUAGCUAGUGGCCUGGAUGGCCCCCAGAAGGCAGCCAUAGAGCAAGCUAUUGAUGAAAUCACUGCCAUGACCAAUGAACUCUCAGACCUCCGAGCAAAGGGACAGGGUAACAGUCCUCGAGCGUUGGAGCUCGCCAAGGCUAUCGACGGUAAGCUGCUGAAUCUGGAGAACCAGAUCAACGCUGCGAUUGCUGAGAUCUUAAAGAGUAGCAUGGGCAAGAUGGCAUACACUGCUGGUGGCAAGCUAGCCCAGGCUAAGGAAUGGUUGAACAACCCUGGAGCAGAUGAUAAAGGAGUCGGUUAUCGUGCUAUCAAAGACAUCAUUACCACUGGACGCCAGAUCGCGGGCACCUGUGAUGACCUGGGUCAGCGUAAUGACCUUCUGCGUCUUUGCAAUGAGACGGAAACUCUGAAUGACCACCUGAAGGACCUGUGUAACAAGGGACAGGGUAACACUCCACAGGCUGAAGCUGCUGCCAAAAAGUUGUCAGAAAAGCUUGGUCAGUUGAACGAGAAAAUGACCGAGAUCGUGAUGGGUCAGGUGUCGUCGGAUUUCUUGGACCCAAUGUCCGCUGUCAACAAGUUGUAUGAAGCUGCACUGGUUCCUGAAGGAACCCCACAUCGGGAGGCCAACUUCACCAGCAAAGCGCAGAUAUUCCUUGAGAGCAGCAACAAGGCGGCAGACACAGCGGCUCGUUUUGCCGGUAUCGCAGAUGCCGACAGGGACACAGUAGAUCAGAUCCAUCGUCUCAGCAAUCAGGUGAAGGAAUUGACUCCACAGGUCAUCUCUGCUGCUCGCAUCGUCCUGAUGAAUCCUAACAACAAGGUUGCAGCCUCCCACUUAGAUGUCAUGAAGAAGGACUGGGAAGGAGCGAUGAAGGACCUCGACACUAAACUGACGUCUUCCUUGGACGUGCCGGCAUUCAUGAAAGCCUCAGAGGAGAGCAUGAAGAAGCAGACAGAGCUAGCCGUGGCAGCGGUCAAGCAGCACAACCCCCAGACCUUUGCCUCUUGCAUCUCCAACAUCGCUCUGCGGGGCAAGAACAUGGUCAAAGUCGCUAAGCGGGAGGCAGAGAACAGCGAGGAUCCCGAAUUCCAGCACAAAGUGGACUCGGCGUCUGACAAAGUCAACAGUUGCAUUCCUCCUACAGUCACUACUGGCAAGGCAUUGAUGCAAGACAUGGAUAAUCCCGAAAAGAUGGCCAACUGGCAAGAUGCCAAUAACAAGCUCCUGACUUCAGUGGCCGAACUCAAAGUCCCCUUCAUCUGUGUCAUCCCACCUGUGGAAUUCUGCACCCCUCCGCCUCCAGUGCCACCACCCCCGUCACAGACAGUGGAACGUGCCCAGCCGGCCAAACAGCGAGCAGGGCAGUACCCGGUACCCAGCAUGUCAGAGUACACAACCCCAGGACCCGAUUUGCCUGGUUACCAGAAGGCGGCCGCUCAGUUACAAGACGCUCUGCACAGUCCGCCUUCUCAUGACCCGGCCGUGUCAUCUCAUCAGCCUUAUGCAUACCCAACCUCUAAUCAGUUCGAUAUCCCCGUGAAAAUUGACCCCACCUCAUCAAGUCAGCCGGUUUAUCAUGCACAGCCUUCUGGUUAUGAGGCUAUCAAGCCUCACAGUGUUGCUGCCGAGGUUCACUCUGCUCCUCCGGUGCCCCCGCCACCUGCUCCUCAAGCUUUUCAGCGAUCAUACGUUCCUCCACCUCCUUCCUCAUCACACACAUCAAGACGCACCCCUCAUUCUUACCAGAGUCAGGAACCGCCUCGACCACCGCCUCCACCCAGCUAUCAACCUAAGAAGGCCAGUCAGGUGUCUACAGGUCCAGGUUCCAUGUCUCAGGUGUCAGGCUUGGAUACCCAUGGACCGCCCACCUCUUACCAAGCCACGCCCACGAGGGGUCAGGGUGCAAUGGCGCACUCGUCAGCCGCGCAUCCCCAAGACUGGCAAUCGCCCGAGUUGCUUGACAGUGUUGGCGAUGUCCGCCAAGCGUUUGUCGCGUCUCAGCCACCCACCGAUGCCAUGAGCACUCUCAACUUGGACACUGCACCACCCAGGCCACCCCUCCCCCAGGGCGAGGUGCCCCCACCCCGCCCACCCCCACCCGAGGAGGAGACAGAGGCACAUUUCCCUGAGGCUCCACCUAGCAACCAGCCUAUCAUGAAAGCUGCCUAUGACUUGCACUUGGAGACCCAGAAAUGGUCAAGUCAGGGUAAUGACUUGGUAGCAGCCGCCAAAAAGAUGGCAAUCCUCAUGGCUGAAAUGAGCAAACACGUCAGAGGUGAGGGUGGAAGCAAGAAGGAUUUCAUCAUGUGCGCUCGCAUGAUUGCCAAGCAGUCAGGGGAAGUCACCAGGCUAGCCAACAUCAUCGCCGAUCAGUGCACCGACAAACGCAUCCGAUUGAACAUGAAGCAAGUAAUUGAGCGGAUUCCAACAUUCAGCACUCAGCUGAAGAUCUUGACCACGGUCAAAGCCACCAUGCUGGGUGCACAAGAUCCGGAGAAAGAUGAGGAGGCUACAGAGAUGCUUAUUGGCAAUGCACAGAACUUGAUGCAAGCCGUCAAGGAAACGGUCCGUGCUUCAGAGGCCGCCUCCAUCAAGAUCCGGACGGACGCCGGACUCAAACUGCGCUGGGUUCGCCGCAACCCUUACGCCUACUAACUGCCUCUCCUUCACCCUAAGUCUUCUUGGACAAGAUUACUUUUAUACCAUUCUCUCUAAGUCACUGAUUUGAGCCGAGUUGAUAUUCAACAAUUUCUAUGCAGUAAGUACCAUUUUAAAAAUGUCAAUGCGACCUGUCAAUAUAAAAACGAGCUGAAGUCGGAACCUGUACUUUUGCAGAACAUUUUGGCAAAGCCAAAUUUUGAUGGGAUGGUCAAGCAUUUGUUUCUGUCUGUCCUCCUGUACUUCUAACAAACUGUCUUUGUUCAAUAAAACACAUUUCAAACUAAUUUUUGUCCGGGUUUAUAAUGAACAGUUUUCAUUGACUUGUGUUAAAAUGGGGGGGGGGUUCAAUGUCAUUUUAUCAAUCAGAAAACUUCUUUUACAACUACAGUAUGUGGUUCGAUAAUUCCUUCACUGAACCCAGUAUGCCCUGUGAUAUACGGUUUGUAGGAUCUUGUUCUUUGUUCCAGAAGUAGAAAUGUUUAAAUUAAAAGGUCCUACUUUAUGGUCAGUCUGUAGAUAGGUUGCAGAUUAGUGCGAGAGGUAAAGUUCUGGGCUUCGAGGAAUCUUGUAUCACAAAACGAUUGGUCAAUUAACAGCCAAUCGCAAAUAAUCUUGGUCAAUACAUUGAUUACUUAAAAUUUAUCUUCAUGAAUAUUAACAGUUAUUUUUUAUAACAUAAUUUAUUUAUAGCAGCCUAGAUUUGCCAUUUUCGUUUUUUUUCAGUCAGCGCGUAGAAAGUUUGGAAAUGACAAAGUAUACUAAUGAAAUUAUCUUUUAUUUUAGGUAUCUGACAUGAUGGUUACAGCAGUAGAGUUGAAUAUUUUAAUAAAUUACUAAUAUGGCAUGAAAACGUUUGACACUUACAAUUAAAAAAGGAAGCAAUAUCUUUGUGAUGUAAUUUAUAAGGAGUGUGUCAUUUACUGGACAUUGCAACUUUAAGUCAACUCUUUGGUUUACUUGAGAGUUUUUGAAAACUAAAAACCUAGUGACACUGCAUCAAGUGAUGCCUUCUGUUAGAGUUGAGCUGAUUUUGUCUGAUUGGGUAGAUGCAAGUUUGUUGGAAAGCACUGCUGUCGUGUGUUGCAUAUUAUAUUUUUUAGCAAGUUUUUUUAUCGACAUGUCUCACAUACGUUAAGAUUAUUAAAAGUCUAGUGAAUCGUUUUAGUGAUCGAUUCAACUUAAAAGAGCAAACUACAUGUAGGUGCAUUUUUAGAUGACUCUGAAUUGCAUCAUGUCAUUACCUUAACAUGUAAUACAGUGUCAACUUUUCCUGAUUUAUUUUGAUAAGACUGAUGAAGAUGUCAAAGCCAGGCAGGGCAUACAUCAGAUCUUGUGUAGUUGGCCAUAGUAGGUUUUGUUUGUUGUGUUUACUGAGGCUUGUCAUAAUUAGGGCAGUCUCUACACCUUGCUAACCCAACAAGGCAAUAUACAGUGUCAGAAGGUCAAAGGUUAAACAAAUCAAGAAUCUGAAAAGAAAAUGUCUCAAUUGUUUUCUUACUGAAAUCUCACAUGAAAAACCUCAAAUCCUUUAGAAUCUCCCAAAAGAUUUUAAAGGAUUGAGGAAGACUGAACCCCUUGAUGAGCUUUCGGGUCAUCCAAAAAAAUGUCGGAUUCACCCUGCUCUACAUAGAUUGAUCCUUUGCUGUAAUUUUUAUCUGUUACGGGCAUGGGACAGUGUUUGAUACUUGACGUCAAGAAGCGCUUUGUUAAGCAGUAUUCAUGCAUAACAUCUUGCUCCUGUUUCCAACUACACUGCCUCUUUGAAUGGCAGUAGUUGUCAUCAUCUUGUAAAGCUGUGAAAUGACUUGUCCAUGCUGCCUUCUAAAACUUGACUUUCUAGAAAUCUUUCAACCUUGGUGCCUGUGCUUGACUUAGUGGUGUAUGUAACAACGGUCUGGCAGGUAAAAUUAAAUCCUAGUUAAGCCACUAGCUUGGCUUGAUGUAUUCAUACACCAAUACAUGCCCAAAGAGCGGCAAUAGUCUUCCUACUUUCUUUUUUCUAAUCCUUUUGACUUAGCUUAUCAAAAUCACAGGAGUUUGGAAAUUGACUAGGUGCUUUCAUUAAGUAUAAAGAUGAACAAAGAAAUUGACUGGAGCGGGAUUUGAACCUGCAACCUCCGGAAUACCGUACUGGUGCUCUACCAAUUUCUUGUUGGAAGCAAAUUUCUUGUGAUGUUCACUGCGUGAAAUUAUGUCAACAGAUGUCACAUUGGAAUUUUUCAGAGUUUGUAUUUCUAAAUUGACUCGUCCCUGUCUGAUCAAAUCUUGUUGAUGUGUCUUUUGUAGAUUUGUUUGGAGAGAGCUUUUGAUUAAAUGCCUGGUCAGGUAAUGUAAUCAGCAGACAACCA